AUGGUGUUAACAGAACUAGGUACGCAAAUUACGAACGCUUUUCGAAAACUUCAAACAUCCACGUUAGCAGACGAUGUUGUAAUAGAAGAAUGUUUAAAAGAAAUAAUAAGGGCGUUAAUAUUAUCUGAUAUAAAUGUUAGUUAUUUAAAAGAUAUUAAGAGUAAUAUAAAGAAUAAUAUAGAAAAGAAUAUAGACAUUUAUGGAAACAAUAAAAAGAAGCUAGUACAAAAAUAUGUGGUAGAAGAAUUAAUAAAAUUAUUAGAAGGAAAAAAAGAGGGUUACAACCCGGUGAAAGGUAAAAGAAAUGUUAUAUUGUUUGUAGGUCUACAAGGAAGUGGAAAAACCACAACCUGCACAAAAUAUGCACAUUAUUAUCAAAAGAAAGGUUUUAAGACUGCUUUAGUAUGUGCUGAUACAUUUAGAGCAGGUGCGUUUGAUCAAUUAAAACAAAAUGCAGCCAAAGUAAAAAUUCCGUUUUAUGGUAGUUAUUCAGAAGUAGAUCCUGUAAAAAUAGCUACAGAUGGUGUAAAUGCUUUUUUAAAAGAUAAAUAUGAUCUAAUAAUUGUAGAUAGUUCGGGGAGACAUAAACAAGAAAAUGAAUUAUUUGAAGAAAUGAUACAAGUAGAAAAUUCUAUACAACCAGAAGAAAUCAUUUUUGUUAUUGAUAGCCAUAUUGGGCAAAGUUGUCAUGAUCAAGCUAUGGCAUUUAAAAAUUCUGUAUCCUUAGGAAGUAUAAUUAUAACAAAGAUUGAUGGACAUGCUAAAGGUGGUGGAGCCUUAUCAGCUGUAGCUGCUACCGGAUGUCCUAUAACUUUUAUAGGAACAGGGGAACAUGUAAAUGAUUUUGAAAAAUUCGAAGCAAAAUCUUUUGUAUCUAGAUUAUUAGGCUUAGGAGAUAUAAGUGGACUUGUAUCUACUAUUAAAGAAGUUAUAGAUAUAGAUAAACAACCUGAAUUAAUGAAUAGAUUAUCUAAAGGGAAAUUUGUAUUGAGAGAUAUGUACGAUCAAUUUCAAAAUGUAUUUAAGAUGGGUAGUCUUAGUAAAGUUAUGUCUAUGAUACCAGGUUUUGGUAAUAAUUUAAUUAGUAAAGGUACAGAAAAAGAAGGAAUUGAUAAAAUAAAGAAAUUUAUGGUAAUUAUGGAUUCUAUGACAAAUGAAGAAUUAGAUUGUAUUAAACCUCUUAAUGAUAGCAGAUGCUUAAGGAUUGUAAAGGGGUCUGGUACUCGCCUUCAGGAUAUUAAAGAACUUCUAGAACAAUUCAAGUUCUUACAAAAAAUGGUUCUAAAAAUGGGAAAAUUAGGAUUAAGAGAAAAUAACAUAAAUAAUUUAAUGAGAAACCAAAAACAAUUCAUGAGCAAAAUGAAUAAUAUCAUGGAUCCAAAUAUGUUAAAACAAUUAGGAGGAGCAAAUAAUAUGGUCAAUAUUUUAAAAGAAUUUACAAAAAUGGAUGACUUGGGUGGAUCAAUGGCUAACAUGAUGAAGCAGAUGGGUCUUAAAAAAUAA